CAGAAAUGUCAAACCACUUGAUUUAACGCAAGAUGGAUUCUCUUUUUCACUUUUUAGUAAAAUUGCUUUAAUGUAGGAUAUAUUUUAUUUAUAUUUUUAUAGAAGUUGGUAAAUUCUUUAUGCGACACCAUGGACACCAUGGACACCAUGGACAUAAUGGCAUUUCUAGAAGAAUUCAUGGAAAGUGCAUUGGUGACUUGGGUACAGCUCUUUGAUGGUGUAGUGGACAGGGAGGACAACGUCAUGCUCUACAACCAGUACAUGGACGUGAACUACAAGUCCCAGAAUUCCCAUGACCGCUACCUGAGGCUGACCAAUGGGAUCUUUCUCAACGAGGUCAUGAGGAUCAUAGACCCCAACCCCAAGCUAGAGCAUUUGUACCGCAGUGGAAGAGACGAACAGAUUCUCCGAGUCCAGAACUUCUCCAUCCUCAACCGACACCUCAGGGCCUUCUACCAGGAUGAUCUACAGCAGCUGAUUCUGAUGCCUCUUCCAAACACUGCCAUUUUGGGGCAAGACCCCCUAACAGAGGCAGCAGUGGAGGAGUUGAGGAGAUUGCUACUGCUUUUACUGGGAUGUGCGAUACAGGUGGAAUACCUUCAGUUGUGUGCGAGUGACUUCCAGGCUGCGUAG